UUCGAGAAACGGUUUAACGGUCCUCGCGAUGUUUUCUCCGCAGUCGGGAUAAGGCACAGGCUAAAAUAUGGAUCAUUUUAGCAAUUUUCCUGCGAUUCCUCACAGAGGCUGUGAAAACCGGGAUAUUUGAAUCAGUCCGAACCGUGUUUGCGCAGAAUGGAUGCGCUGAGUUUCUCCGUGACGAUCUUCUGGUUUGUGCUCAUCGGUGAGAACAGAAUGAGCAGGGCCAUGCUGAGUGAUAUCGGUGAAUAUGUCGGCUCAGACAUUGAAAUAUCCUGGUUGCCUAAUCUGGAUGAUUUAAUGAAAGGUUACGCUCGCAACUUUCGCCCAGGGAUCGGAGGACCCCCAGUGAAUGUAGCCAUGGCUAUUGAAGUAGCCAGUAUUGACCAUAUCUCAGAAGCCAACAUGGAAUACACCAUGACAAUAUUUCUGCGGCAGAGUUGGAAAGAUGACCGCUUGUCCUACAACCACACAAACAAAACUCUGGGCCUGGACAGCCGCUUCGUAGACAAACUCUGGGUGCCAGACACAUUCAUCGUGAACGCCAAAUCAGCCUGGUUUCAUGACGUUACUGUGGAGAACAAACUCAUUCGCCUGCAGCCCGAUGGAGUCAUUCUCUACAGCAGUCGAAUUACAUCUACAGUUGCAUGUGACAUGGACCUCACCAAAUACCCCAUGGAUGAACAGGAGUGCAUGCUGGACUUGGAAAGCUACGGAUACUCUUCAGAAGACAUUGUGUAUCACUGGUCAGAGAGUCAAACACUCAUCCAUGGACUGGACAAACUGGAGCUGUCCCAGUUCACCAUCACUGAUUAUCGCUUUGUCACGGAGCUGUUGAACUUUAAAUCCGCGGGGAGAUUUCCACGUCUCAGCUUACGAUUCGAACUAAGAAGAAACCGAGGAGUUUACAUCAUCCAGUCCUACAUGCCCUCCAUCCUACUGGUUGCCAUGUCAUGGGUUUCAUUCUGGAUCAGCCAAUCAGCUGUGCCGGCAAGAGUGUCUUUAGGAAUCACGACGGUGCUCACCAUGACAACGCUGAUGGUCAGUGCUCGUUCAUCACUGCCCCGCGCUUCUGCCAUCAAAGCUCUGGACGUGUAUUUCUGGAUCUGCUACGUCUUCGUCUUCGCUGCCUUGAUCGAAUACGCUUUUGCUCACUAUAAUGCAGACUACAGCAAGAAGGAGAAAGCCAAAGUCAAGACGAAUAAGAGUUCAGAGUCCAUGGUGAAAAACGGAAAGCAGGCCAUGGUUCUCUUCUCUCUGUCUGUGGCUGGCAUGAACCAGGGCCUGCUGAUCUCCAACAGGCAAAGCCGGACCCAGCGGACCACCGACCCUCCUGGAGAAGCGCACGAGGAGACCGAGGCUCGUGGAUCUCAAUCCCGCCGGGCUCAGAAGGAAAGCAGAGAAGAGAAGAAGUGCUGCAAGUGCAAACCCAUCGACGCCGACACCAUCGACAUCUACGCUCGCGCUGUCUUCCCCUUCACCUUCGCUGUGGUCAAUGUCAUCUACUGGGUGGCAUACACAAUGUAAUAAUUCAUAAAAGUUUGAGUUCUGCAUGUAUUUAAAUCAAUAAACCAAU